AUGACGUGGCCGUCAGCCUACGAUCCGAGGAUUGCCCCCUGUAGCCUGGACUUCUUCCCGAGCGGGCCAUGUUUCCAGCAGUCCGUGGCCAACGAGGAAACUGUCGCCCUGUCCCAGCCCUCAGUUAGCCGCAUAAUUUUUUCCGUUGCUGAAGCCAUUGCAACGGUCGGCAAAGCAAAGGGAUGGGUGAAGUUUCCGACGGACACAGAAAAGGUGGCGGUCAAGCAACGCUUCCUUGAACGUGGCAAGCUCCCUGGUGUCGUCGGCUGUGUUGACGGAACACUAAUUGGCAUCGUCCGGCCGCGAAAAAUGAGCCCCGCGGAAACGGAGGCGUACUGGAGCCGCAAGGGAUUUUACACUUUGAAUUGCAUGGUGGUGUGUGAUGCGGACCUAAGUAUCGUGGCCAUAGACCCUCGCAUGCCAGGAUCAUGCCACGAUUCCUUCGUCUGGAGGCACUCAGCAUUGCGCCGCCGCCUGACGUGUGGCCUCCUGAAUGACGAGUUUUUGCUUGGAGAUUCGGGGUACCCUUUGGAGCCCUGGCUUCUCACUCCUGUGCCCGGACACCCGACACGGCUGACAGCAGAGGGGCGCUACAAUGAAGCACACGCCGUCGUCAGGAAUGCGGCUGAAAGAUGCAUAGGCAUCCUAAAAAGCCGUUUUAGGUGCCUGCAGAGGUACCGUACGCUGCACUACUCACCCCGCAAAGCAGCCACCAUUGUGGCGGCGUGUGCUGCGCUUCACAACCUCUGUCUCCAGGCAGGGGAUCCGCUGCCAGAUGAUCCUGAAGAUGACGACACAAGCUGUACGAGUGAUGCAGCAACAAGACAAGUGCAGCCACCACAGGCCCCAUCGCUGCCCUUGGCACAAUUGGUGCCGCCUCCACGCGCUUUGUUCGAGAGCGCCAAGCAGGCUCGCUCUGCAAUAAUUAACAUGUUCAGGUUGCCUCGCAAUCUUCACAUUGCAUAUUUGCAGAGCGUGCGAAGACGGAUGCGCCGGCAAAUGAGGCGGCGGCAAACAUGAAUGCACAUAUUGUUCACGUCUCCAACGGGGUGUGUGCCAAUUAGCAAUAAUAUUCCCCCGAGUUUUCUAGGCUUUGUGUUAGCCUUUUGGCAAACAUUCAUUGACAAC